AUGCCGCGUCCCUACACGGUAGCUCCUCAUCUCCAUUAUUUCGAGGUUCCUCUCGCAACAUUCACGGCGGCGCGUCCCGAAUUCGAUAGCUUUGGCGUUGGUGGUUACAUUUUCUCGGAUGCAUCGACCCCGCGCGUCCUGCUGCUUCAGCGCGCUCUGACCGACUCGAUGCCCGGGUGCUGGGAAGGCCCCGGAGGCUCAUACGAGCCCGACAUGGACGGCACCCUGCUAGAUGGAGUGGCUCGUGAAGUGCUCGAAGAGACCGGGCUACAUGUGUCGCACAUCGCCGAGCUGGUGGCGGUUGACAGUUGGACGCACACGCGCCGGAACGGCAGCAAAUUCCGCAUCGCCAAAUAUUCGUUUAUGGUCGAGGUCUUCGAGUCAGUGCGACCAUCUGCAGAGCAGGUCCCGAGAGAGGAGAUUCCUGUUCAAUUGAUGGAAAGCGAGCACCAGGCAUUCGACUGGGCGACCGAAGAAGAUGUGCGACUUUCUCUUCAAGGGGGCGGCAAAUAUCAACUGCCUGGGCCGGCCACGGGCCAUCAAGCACCCAACAUUCUUCGAUCAUUUGAAUUGUACAGAGAGCUACAGAGCAAGAGUUGA